CUUAAUUAUUGCACCGUGAACUGCUAUUUUUUUUCAAACAGUGUUAUAACUGUGUAAGCACCCACAGUUCUUGUAUUCUUCAUUCUUGGCUGUGUAAGCACCCACAGUUCUUGUAUAUUCUUCAUUCCUGGACAUAUAUGUCUACAAAUCUGGGCUGCGAUCAAUGACUCCAUCCUCCAAAUUUUGAAAUACAAAAAUUGGAUCUGGCUAACAGUUUGCGUAGCAUACGGAGAUUUGGGGGCUUUUAUGAUUUUGUUGUUAGAUAUCUGAUCUCCGCAGUAUGGAGAAGGUGGUGUGGAUGGAAUUAGUCUUUGCGUCAGGAUUAUUAACCUUGGUAAUUAAGGGAGUAGGCGAGGUAGUUUAACAAUGACAGGUUCUCUUCUUCUAGAGGUUAGCUUUCAUUACUACUCCUUGAAUAGUGAUUUUGAUGGACAAGAUGUAUCAAGCCGUUGUGAUUCCAUUUAGUUUAGGCAACUUCAUCUCUGAUAACCAAAUCCACAUGGAUGUCACUAACCUAAAUGUGAUUAGUGAUUCUGAGAGUGAGCUUAAUGUCACAAUUUCGAGUACUGCCCGGGAGAGUGAGGAUGAUGAUCUGAUUCUUGACACAUCAUGUCCCGUAUCCGCGGGGAGUGAUUCUAUGAGCAUAUGCAAUGAUGAUUUGUUAGCUGAGUUGGCGAGUGCUGAAGGGUCCCGCCCUAAACCAACCAUUGUUCACUAUCAACCGCCCACCGUUGAUAAAGGGUCUCUGGGUCGAAUCGUGAGCCGGAGUGUUUUUGAAGUGGAUUAUGUGCCGCUUUGGGGGUAUGUGUCUGUGUGUGGAAGGAGGGCAGAAAUGGAAGAUGCAGUUUCAACUGUGCCGAGGUUCUUUAAGGUUCCUCUGGAGAUGCUAAUCGGCAAUCCUCUGCCAGAUGGAAUGAAAGGGAAUUUGAGUCAUUUGACUGCUCAUUUCUUUGGAGUCUAUGAUGGUCAUGGUGGCUCUCAGGUUGCAAGGUACUGUCGUGAUCGGAUUCACACUGCAUUGGAAGAAGAGCUAUGUAAUGAACUAAGAAAAGAAAAUGUAGAAAAUACCCAAGCAUUAUGGAGAAGGGCAUUUGGCAAUUGUUUUGUGAAGGUUGAUGCUGAAGUUGGGGGGCAGGGAAGUGUUGAGCCAGUUGCUCCAGAAACAGUGGGGUCUACGGCUGUUGUUGCCAUCGUUUGUUCAUCUCACAUAAUUGUGGCAAACUGUGGCGAUUCAAGAGCGGUUCUCUGUCGUGGGAAAGAACCAAUGGCAUUAUCUGUGGAUCAUAAACCCAACAGAGAGGAUGAAUGUGAACGGAUUGAAGCAGCUGGGGGGAAAGUUAUACUGUGGAAUGGGCAUCGAGUCUUUGGCGUUCUUGCAAUGUCAAGGUCCAUAGGAGACAGAUAUUUGAAACCGUGGAUCAUUCCGGAACCGGAGGUGUUGGUUGUUCCAAGAACAAAGGACGAUGACUGUCUAGUUCUUGCCAGUGACGGAUUGUGGGAUGUGAUGACGAACGGAGAAGUCUGUGAUUUGGCCCGAAAGCGCAUUCUCCAAUGGCACAAGAAGAACGGUGGAGGCAGUGGCGAGAGGGGCGAGGGCAUGGACCCCGCAUCUCAAGCUGCAGCGGAGUACCUAUCCACCCGUGCCCUUCAGAAGGGAAGCAAGGACAAUAUAAGUGUGAUUGUGGUGGACUUGAAAGCUCAAAGAAAGUUUAAGAACAAAACCUAACCCUGUCCUCAUAGUAUAAAAACUUCACGCAGACAGCAGCAUAUAAGAACACCCCCUGUAGGUAUUACUGCUACGACGUGUUAAGGGCGGCUCUUUUAUAGUUUUUUUGUGUGUAUUUUAUUUUUAUUUGAAACUGCAUUUAGCUGGUUGAAGUAGAUUUGGAAGGCAUUCGUAAAUGUGGUGUUUUAGGGGAGAAAUUUACAUACAAUGUGGUUAGUGACUGAUUAAUUGUAAAAAGGGUUAUUAUUAUGCCUCCGAAUUGUAGAAGGCUUUGGAAGAUGAUAUGCUCUUUCAUUCAGUAAAUAAAUAUAUUUAUGAGGUGAAAAAAUGCAUA